GUUGCUUAAGAAAAUUCAAUAGCAUUCAAAUUUUAAAUUUUAAUUACAAGCAGGAAAUUCACUAAAAUUUAAUUCUAUCGAUUGGAUCGUGUUCAGGAAGUCCAAAUCUAUCAUACCUUGAUGCAACUGAAGCGUUUACUGACGUGGCUUGCUAAGAAUGCCAAACAUAUUAUUUCGAGUGACCUCAAUUCCGUUGACAAGUAGUCUAACCUAAAAUUAAGGUCUCACGGACAAAUGUUGAUUCCCAAUGCAUUUUGGAAUUCUGGAAGGUUCCAAGAUGAUAAUUUCCGCCCUAACCUACAAAUUAAAAGUCACGCCUUCGCAAUUUCCAACAUCCUUUAAAAACUCCAAACGACCUCAAAAUUGCAACAGUCGCCAUGUCCCCAAACAUCCCACCGGACCUGCAAGUGCUCAAGUUCCCCCUGCGGAUGCUCCGCUUCGUCGGCCUUUGGGGCGAUCGUCGCGAGCUGGUUCGCUACGCGUCCGUCGUCCUCUGCAUGUCCGUGGUCCUGAUCAUCCCGAAGGCCGCCCUCGGUUCCGGCAAGGACGGCUUCGACUCGUUCGCCCGCAACACCGCCGAGCUGAUCUUCUUCACCGAGGUGUGCGUCUCGAUCGGGAUCUUCGCCAGCCGGCGGGGCUCGUUCGAGCGGUUGGUCGAGGUGUUGCGGGAAACGGUGUUGAUGUAUGAGGACGUGGAGUUGCUGGGAGAGAUUGUGGCGUUCAACCGGAAGAUGGAGCGGUUCUCGAAGAGCUAUGCGGCGUGGAUUGGGUUUUGGGUUGUGUUGUAUCUUGGGAUACCGAUGAUCUUCACCUGUGUGAAGGUGGUGUUUCCGGGGGAGGGUGAUCGCGGGGAUUUCAUGCUGAUCGCGGAGUUACAGUUCUACUGGUUGGACAUUCGCCGCAACCUGCUGGACUACGCGAUCUACCUUGUGUUCUGCUCGAUGGCCAUCUUUUGCUCGUCAUACCAGAGUACCUUAAAGGGAGCGGUGAUUUUGGUCAGCAUUCAGUACGGAACCAAGUUGUUCGAGCUGGUUGCGAUGAGCAUCGACCGUUUGGGAAACGUUAAAGAAGGGAUUGCGCGUAAAAAUCAACUCCGGGAGAUCGUCAACCUACACAAACUAGCAUUUCAGUAUACCAAACACCUGGAAGACACGGUUUGCUUCAUGAUGAUCAACCAGAUCCUGAACUGCAUCCUAAUCUGGUGCCUGAUGAUGUUUUACGUGUCAACGAACUUUGGCCCGAACGCAGUGUGCGUGAUCAUCUUGUUCGCGGUUCUUAUGGGCGAGAUGAUCGCCUACUGCGUCAACGGAUCCAAGCUGGCGGAGACGGCCGCCGCAGUUGGCCAUGCCGUCUAUCGUUACCCGUGGUACAACGAGCCUACCGCGAUGCAAAAGGACAUGCAGCUGAUUAUCGAGCGGGCGCAGAAGCCUACUGGGAUCACGGCGGCCAAGUUUUACUUUGUCAACAUUGAACGGUUGGGGCUGGUCGUGCAAGCGUCGUACUCGUACUACUUGAUACUGAAGAAGCGCUUUUGA